AAGCUGGUUCUGUAUACAGGAUUUCCUGAGCUCUCAGCCUGUGACGUUACACACCUCCCUUCAUCCCCCUUCCUCCCCCAGCUCUCUCGCUCCUACUCUCUCCCCAUCAGCUGCAGGAGCAGGUUAAAAUGUUUCCUCUCCAAUCUCAGCAUAUGGCACUCUCAGCCUACUCCAUCUACAUUUCUGUGAGAUGAGGAAUGUGGACAAAAAGAACAGCUAACAGAAGUCUCCUGGCAUCCCUGCAUUUCAUCCUGUCAGUCUGUUGGGCAUUUUCCAGGCUGUGGUCUGCUAGUUCUGACACUUUUUACAUCUUACAGCAUUUUCCUUGUCCAAUUUUGUAAUAAUAUUUUUUGGCUGCGGUUAGAGUUUAGAAAGGCCAGAGUUCCUGAUUGUAUUCACUGCAGCCGCAACAGAGGAUAUACAGGAUGAAUGAAGAAUGUGGCCUGCUGGGUCGGGACCUUUCCAAGGUGACCGAUGAAGAAAUGCUGUCCCAUAGCAAGGAAGAACUUGUCAGGAAAUUGCGAGAAGAAGAAGCUGAAAAAAUGGCUGCACUCAUCCAAAGGGGCCGUCUUAUCAAAGAGGUCAACCGCCAGCUCCAAGGCCACCUGACAGAGAUUCGGGAGUUAAAACAAGUCAACCAUCGUCUUCAGGAGGAAAACAGAGAGCUGAAAGAUCUCUGCUGCUUUUUGGACGAUGACAGAUUGAAAAGCAAAAAGUUAGCUAGUGAAUGGCAACUAUUUGGUUAUCAUGCAGCUAAAGUUUUAAGGGAGGACUUGGGUGGGUAUCUGAAAAAACUUUCUGACCUUGAGCGACGUCAGGAUGAGCUUGUGCGGGAGAAUUCGUGCCUUUCUGAAGUCUUUCUGGCUCUAGAGGAAGAUGGGUCAUCUAUAAGGCAUCAUGCCAGCCCUGUGGCUUCUUCAGAGCUAAGUCUAUUACCAUGUGGACCACGAGACUUGGGAGAUGGGAGCUCUAGUACGGGCAGUGUAGGAAGUCCAGACCAACUCCACGUUGUGUGCUCACCUGAUGACUGAAAGUGGGGGGGAAUUUAAAAAUGGUGAAUGUAUGUAGCUAUGAAUGAAAUAUGAUUGGCCUUUUAAAUGCGACUCUAAGGUCAAAUGAACCACUAAUGGGGUAGGGGGGAUUUGGGGUUACAGCUUGGUUUUUUGUAUAUAUUAUACAUUUAAAAAUUCUAAAGCCAUCCACUUUCUGUACAUAAGCAGAUGAAAGACAUUUUAUGCUCCUAGUCACUGGUCUCUGUAUAUGUAUGUAUGUAUGUAUGUAUGUAUGUAUGUGGGUAUAUAUAUAUAUAUAUAUAUAUAUAUAUGUAUAUAUACAUACAGGUGAGAGAAUGCUCAUUCUCUGGUUCUCAAUCACUAAUUUCUGUAAAUAUACAGGUGAGCUAUAGCUCAAUCUCUACUCUUCAGGUGAGAGUGCUCAUUCACUAUUCCCAGUCACUUUUCUCUUUAAUUAUACCGGAGAGCUAUAGCUCAGUCACUAGUCCCUAGUCACUUAUCUCUGAAUAUAUACAGGUGAGAUAUAGCUCAGGCACUGAUCCCCAGUCACUGGUCUCUGUAUAUACACGGGUAAGCUAUACAGCAGUCACUGCUUCCCAAUCACUGGUCUUUGUAUGUAUAUAUAUAUAGGUGAGCUAUAGCUCAGUCACUAGUCCCCAGUCACUGGUCUCUGUAUAUAUACAGGUGAGAGACUGCUCAUUUUCUUGUAUUAAUCACUACUUGCUAUAAAUAUAUAGGUGAGCUAUAGCUCAGUCUCUACUCACCACAGGUCUCUGUAUAUAGUAUAUACAGGUGAUAGUGUUCAUUCUCUACUCCCAGUCACUUAUCCCUUCAUUUAUACCAGAGAGCUAUACAGUAGCUCAGUCACUAGUCCCGAGUCACUCAUCUCUUUGUAUACAGUAUGUGUGUAUGUACAUAUAUAUAUAUACAUAUAUAUAUAUAGCUCAGUCACUGAUCCCCAGUCACUUUUGAGUUGUAGCUCAGUCACUGAUCUCUGUAUAUAUACAGGCGAGCUAUAGCUCAGUCACAAACCCUAGUCCCUAAUCUCUGUAUAUAUACAGGUGAGCUAUAGUUUCGUCACUGCACGCCAGCCUUUAUAUAUGUACAGGUGAGCUAUAGCGCAGUCACAAACCCCAGAGUCACUGGUCUUUGUAUAUAUACAGGUGAUAUAUAGCUCAGUGACAGUCUCUCUCUCUCUCUCUCUAUAUAUAUAUAUAUAUAUAUGUACAGGUGACAUAUAGCUCUCACACUGCUCACCAAUCACUGGGCACUGUAUAUAUACAUGUGAACUAUAGCUCAGUCCCUGCUCCCCAGUCACUUAUAUAUACAGGAGAGCGAUAGCUUAAUCACUGCUCCCCAGUAGCUGAUCUCACUUUACAGACAGGUGAAAGACGGUUCCACAAGUUGUCCACUUUUAUUAUAAGGAUAUAAUUCUGAUUUGUUUCAAAUGUGUUUUUGUAAAUAAAAUUGUUUUAAUUUUAGCCAAGUUUUGCUAGGCAUUUUGCAUUAAACUGUCUGAUUGGGUGCACGCUUUAAUUUAUUUUCCGAUUGCCUAAACAGUCCAUCUACUGCAAUCCAUGCACUGUAUAGACCCUGGUCUCUGUGCAGUCUCAUUAUGAUCGAAAGAUCCAGCAUCUUCGCAAAACAUCUUAAUAUGGCCACAAGUGAAAAUAUACAAUCAUUUACAUGGUUAGGCUAUCACUUUAGACAUCAAAAGUAUAAAAUGAUGAUAAACAUUUCAUUAAAAAUAUUUCUUUAAAUAAAGAAAUAGGCAGUAUUGUCUUUUAGCAUAAUGCCCAAAAUGUGAAAAUGAAGCAGAUAAUGUUAAAUCUGUCUGUCUCAGUUGUAAAAUGUGAAAUAAAUGCAUUUCCUAUCAAUUCUA